AUGCUGAGUGUUAGCUCUCUAACUUGCUCUCACUUGGUUUCCUCUCUCUGUUUCUCUCUCUAAAAAUGGAUCGUAAAAGCGUGUUUACUGUAGCAUUAAUGUGUGUCAUUGUCGCUGGUGUCGGUGGCCAAGCUCCCACGUCGGCUCCUACUGCUACUCCGGUGACCCCUGAAGCGCCUGUUGCUGCACCAGCUAAGGCUCCUGCAAAACCUAAAUCACCUGCUCCAGUUACCGCUCCUGUAUCUUCACCACCGGCUGCUUCACCUACUAAACAAACCGUGCCAGCUCCGGCUCAGACUCCAUUGGCUACACCACCACCUGCCGCCGCUCCUGUUAGCUCGCCACCUGCCGUCACUCCGGUUAGCUCGCCACCUGCUCCAGUUCCCGUGAGCUCUCCGCCAGCUAAAUCUCCAGCCAAAUCUCCUCCUGCACCUGCACCAGUUACUCCACCAACAAGCUCCCCUCCUGAAACUGCUCCUUCUGUUCCGGUGGUUGCACCUACAGCAGAGGUUCCUGCACCGACUCCAAGCAAAAAGAAGCCGAAGAAGAAGCACACUGCUCCAGCUCCUGCUCCUGAGUUGUCGAGCCCACCUGCUCCACCAACCGAGUCACCUGGACCUAGCGCUGAAGCCAACUCACCUGGACCCUCUGUGGCUGAUGAGAGCGGAGCAGAGACGAUUAAGAGCCUGCAGAAGAUGGUAGGAGGAUUGGCAGCGGGAUUGGCGUUGAUGGCUUUGAUAUUCUAGAGAGAGAGAUGUUUAUCAUGUGACACUGCUACUGCUGCUGCAGCUCCGCCUGCUGUAUCAUUUUAAUCUCCCCCCCCCCCCCCCCCCCCCAUGUUCUCUUAUUUAGCACGGGACCCACAUUUGAUAUAUUUUUUAUUUUAUUUUACCAUUGUUUGGUAUAAAUUAUUAUUAUUGUGAUUUUAGCGGACAGUGGUUUGUUGAUUUCUGCCUGGGGAUAACCACAUUUGCUUUGUAUUCAGUAUUCUUUGAGAGUUCGUGGGGAAACUCUGUAUUUUUGUAGUUUUCUUUCUAUUCAUCACUGUCAUUUUGGAUUCUUCUA